CUGGACACAACUCUCCAAGCGGGCAGUCUCUCUCCUUCAGACCGCUGUUCAUUCAUAGUACAAUCGGAAGGAAGCCAGCCGGCCAAUUCUGAAUGGACUUUACGCGAGUGUAGGUGUACAGUGAUACCGGUCGUUGGAUUUUUUUCAAAUAACUCAAACUGUGUAAUAAUAGUUGACGUUGAAAACGUUUACACUCGUUUGUUCUCAAAUAAUUUAUGAUAGUUCUAAUCGGGGUAAACGUUGUUUAAAAGGUUCAAGUUGUUAAACGUUUUAUUUGGAAAAGUUUGCUUAUUUCAGUAGUCUAUUUCGCAAUAAAUAAACAAAGUACCAGUGCUGUACGAAGUUUGUUGACACUUAACAGGACAUCUACGAUUAUUAUCAUCAUCUUCCUCAAGGACUAUAAUUUCGUCAAGGCUCAUGAAUUGAUCUUCCUCAAUUAAAUCAAAUACUAAACGAGGAUGGUGGCUAAGUCGAUAGAGGGAACUCUUGCUCUAGUUUUAGUGCUGAGUGUUUCACUAUGUGGAUCUCUGAGGAACAUGAAAACUCAAUACGCGUGGAAAACGGCGGACUAUGAUUUCCCAAAGAACAAUCCGAGAGAAUCUUUCUUGGCCAGUGGACAAUAUUCACCGCCCGAUAUUAUCAUUCUGGACGCCAGUGUGUGGGAAGGACCACAUAAUCAAGAGAAGGUGUUCGUGACAACCCCUCGCCUGAGGAAUGGCACUCCAGCCACUUUGUCAGUGGUCACGUCCAAAAUGAGGAACAAUGCUCCACUUCUAGCUCCUUAUCCGGACUGGAGUUGGCACAGGCAGGGAGAUUGCAACGGCAUGAUUUCUGUAUUCCGCACUGCUGUAGAUGAAUGCGACCGUUUAUGGGUGACAGACACUGGCUACAGUCAUGCUGAGAAUAAAAGAGUAUGUCCACCUCAAAUUCUGGCAUUCGAUCUGCACACCAAUAAACUUUUAGGACGCUACAUCUUUCCAAAGAACCUGUACGAAAGAAAGUCUCUGUUCAUCACCACUAAAAUUGACACACGCGGCCAAAAGUGCGCAGAUACAUUCGCCUACAUAGCAGAUGUCACCGACUUCAAACUGGUCGUCUUCAACGCCAACGAACAGAGGUCGUGGAAAAUCGAAAGCAACUACUUCUACCCAGAUCCGCUGCAGGGAGUGUUCAACAUCAACGGGGUGCAGUUCGACCUGAUGGAUGGGAUUUUUGGAAUAACUCUGGGCCCACUGAUCAACAAGAAUCGCAUGCUCUACUUCCACGCACUGGCAAGCGUGCACGAGUCGUGGGUGCACACGUGCGUGGUGCGCAACGAGUCGCUGUUCGCGAACGAGGUGAACCUGUCGCCGCGCUCGUUCAAGAUUUCGCAGGGCACACGUACGUCGCAGUCGGCGGCUGAAGACAUGACGGACGACGGCAUCCUCUUCUUCCCGCUCAUCGCCGAGAACGCGCUAGCCUGCUGGAACUCCCGUCUGCCCUACGAUAGCUCCAACAUCGAGAUUGUCGAACAGGACGACGAGCGACUCCAGUUCGCCUCGGGCCUGAAAGUGCACAAGAACAAAGUUUGGGUGACAACGAGCCGAUUCCAGAACUACUUCACUAACAUCAUGAACCCUAACGAGACCAACUUCCGCAUCACGGUGGGUCGAGUCGACGACCUCGUCCGAGGAACUACCUGCGAAAUGCCCAACGGCGGUUCCCAUCACAACUCCUACAAACCCAAACCCAAGCCACGGCCUCCACCUCACUCCGGGUCGGGGUCAUCCUACCAGCCACUCGUCUUCGAGAACAACUGACAAGUGUUCUAUCAACAGUUUAGGAGACUGAUCAGACUCAACAACUUCUUUCUGUGAAACGUAGUUCGAUAUAAAACGAUGUCGAGCCAGUGAGGAUUCACUGUGAUAUGGACAUUUCAAUCGGAAUCUAUUGUAAUGAUUGGUAGGUGAACCUAAAUAAUAUACAGUGAGAUGGACAUUUCAAUCGAAAUCUACUGUAAAGAUAGGUAGGUGAACCUAAAUAAUAUACAGUGAGAUGGACAUUUCAAGAUAGGUAGGUGGAUCAAAAUAAUAUACAGUGAGAUGGACAUUUCGCGAAUACUACUAUAUACAUACAGUAUAUUGGUGGCUCUAAUAAGUGAGAUAGAGAGCGAGUUAGGGUAUACGAUAAAAGUUCAAAUUAAAACUUGAAAUGGAAAAUUUUAAAUACCUUAUAUUCGCUUGAAAUACAGAGUGACACAGAAUAACGGGAACUUUUAAAAACGCCAUAAAACAUUAGUGAGAAGGGCAAAAAUGAUUCUAUUCAAACUAAUGUGAAGUUCAAGACUGCCAUUUGAGAAUUAUUAAUAACAUCAUCACUUUUUGACAAUUACUUCUUUAAGAUGGCUUCCUCCUGAACGAAUUCACUCUUGAAAUCUGUGUUGAAGAUUCCUCAUUGAUCGCUGCAGCAUCUGUGUUUCCUGGUCCCAUGAUCUGUCCACCUGCGUUUUUCUGUUUGUGAAGCUAUCUCAAAUCAAACGUUUUCACAAAUUGACCAAAAGCUGUGGUUGAAUCAUAGCAGACAAUUCAAAAUGAAAUUAACAAUAUCCCAGCUGAAAUGUUGCAGCAAUCGAUCAGGAAUCACAAAACAGAUUUCAAGAGUGUAUUUGUGCAGGAGGAAGAAGUAAUUGUCAAAAAGUGAUAGAUGUGUUUCAUAAUUCUCAAAUGGCAAGUCUUGAACUUUACAUUAGUUUGAAUAAAAUCAUUUUUGCCCUUCCCACUAAUGUUUUAUGGCGUUUUCAAAUGUUCCCGUUAUUCUGGGACACCCGGUAUAUAAACUGAGGGCAUGAUCACAUUGGAUGGGUAUAGAUCUAAUAAGUGAAAUACAAAGCGAGUUAGGGUGUGUUAUAAAAGUUUAAAAGUUCAAACUAAACCUUGAAAUGGGAAAUUUUAAAUACCUUAUAUGCGCUUGGAAUAUAAAUUAAGAUAUGAUCACAUUGAAUGCGUAUAUGUGCAAGUGCAAGCUUGGUUAUGCAUGACCAUGCGUGCAGACGAGAAACAAAAUCUGGAAAUAGCAAUAGGAACACACACUGAACGCUUAAACUUCCAGGUUGUGUUCAGUGUGAGCAGCUACAUGCAAGUCAUAACGUGUUUCAAUGGCACUUUCCAGAUGAAUGACUCAUGCAUGACCUGACGUGCACUUGCAUAUAUUCAAUGUGAUCACACCCUUAGACCUCAGAUACUCUUGAAUCUAAUAUAUAGGUAAAAGUUUACUUCAAUUUUCUAGAUCUCACGUGAAAUCGAAAAAAAAGUAAAUUUCAAUUUGUGAAAAAGAAUAUUUGUAUGUCUCUUCAUUGUGGGAGACAUUUACAGAAGGAAGGGCCUCGUCUGAUAUAUUUUUGCCAUCAAUGGGCCUUACGACUGUUAUACCUCUGAUAUCUUUUAUACGACUGGGACCUCCAAGUUAUUCUGAAAAUAGUUGUUUUACGGCUUUACUGGAUGAAAGAGGAUUUAGAAUCAUUAAAGUUCACAAAAUUGGUGAAACUCAAUCAUUUCGUUCUGUGAACGAAAUACUACAAUACUGUAGUAUAAAUCAUACUACAAUAUGUAAUGUAUGUAUUCAAAAUGCCCUAAGGAUGGGUUGUUGAGAGCUAACACUCAAAUUUUGUAAAAAAGGAGUAUUUUAAAUAAGAUGGUACUAACUUACCCAGAUAUUGAACAAGAUCCCUACUGAGUAAUCUCAUUUAAAUUCUGUUGAGUAUUUAUUUAUUUCAAUGAUAUAAUAUUUUAUUGUAUAAUCUUCAUUGCGAUGAGUGCUUGGAAUAAACUAUUUACAUCAUG